GUCAUCUGAAGCCACCGGAAGUGAGCGCUCCGGCCCCGCCCACGCAGCUCAGUCCGAAUCGAGAGAAGUCCACGGCUAAAAAUACAACAGCUAACACAAGAUGAGCGGUCUGUCUCGUAGGAUUGUAAAGGAAACACACCGGUUGGUGCAGGAGCCUGUUCCUGGGAUUUCGGCUCUUCCAGAUGAAAGCAACGCACGUUACUUCCAUGUGGUCAUCGCGGGGCCUGCAGACUCUCCCUUUGAAGGAGGGACAUUUAAACUUGAACUGUUUCUUCCAGAAGAGUAUCCCAUGGCAGCUCCCAAAGUGCGAUUCAUGACCAAAAUCUACCACCCCAACGUUGACAAACUGGGAAGAAUAUGUUUAGACAUUUUGAAAGAUAAGUGGUCUCCAGCUCUUCAGAUCCGUACAGUGUUGCUAUCUAUCCAGGCUUUGUUAAGUGCUCCCAACCCAGACGAUCCUCUUGCAAAUGAUGUUGCAGAGGAGUGGAAAAAGAAUGAGACCCGUGCCAUUGAGACAGCUCGAACAUGGACCAGGCUCUAUGCGGGCAAGAAUGAAGUAUAAGAGGGAGUGAGAUGAGGCGUUUGAAUGUGAUCCACACAAUGUACUCCUAUUCUGUCUACAUUUGCAUUUAACGGACACAAAAAGAUAAAGUUAUUGAGUCCAAUUCUAUUUGAAAGAAAGAAAUGUCAAGAUAUACUGCUGCAGACCUCUGGGUGACUUAUUUCCUCUCUCUAAGACGCGUUAUAUGUGUGAUAGUCUGUUGUUUUUUUCCUGUUUUGCUAUUUAAAUGCAUGGACACAAAAUGGCACUCACCUCAACAAUCAUUCAAUAUGUCCUAAGCUAGGGACACACUGGUACGUUUUAAAGAUUAUACGUGAUAUUUCUGUUCAGCACUGGCAUUAACAGACAACAGAUAACAUUGCUAACUGGUUUGCUUCCCGAGAUUACAAGUUAUCUAAUAAACCACCUAUGAUAUACAAUUAAGUUAAUAAAUUUGAUCAAAUGUAAAUAACAGAUUUCAUUUGGGAAGACUUUUGAAUUGGCAGUUUUGACAUGUAGUGUAGUCUAUAUAUGGCUGUGAAAUUAGGCCUCAUUUGAUGGGAACCAAAACAUAAAACGUGUUUAGACUCUUACAGGAAUUAUUUUUGACCAAUUGGGUGUAGUCAUUUUAAAGAUUUAAUCUGAACGUCUGUUGAGUUCAUGUUUAAACAUAGCCUUUAAAUAAACAUUUUCAGUUUUAUUUCUAUGUUCCUCUUUGGCAUCAAUUUGGGAGUAUGAGUGUGUACAUGAUACAUUACAUUGAGAAAAAAAAAAUACAUUUGCAACAUGUUGAAAUGUGUAGGAAUGACACUGUCUUAGUUAAUGCCAUUAUUCAAGUCUCAGUACAUCAUGUGGGUGCAGCAGACUACAGAAAUAUGUUGAAAAUGUCAUUUUUUUAUGUAAUACCCAAACACACACUUUUGUUUUUCAUUGUAUGAUUGUUCAUCUCUGUUGCCUAUUUUAUUUUUUGGUGUUUGUUAAACCGGUGGCAAUGUAUGCAAAUCUGUAUAGUUAACCAUUGGAAAUAAAAGGCCUUAAUCUUCAUUUGGCUGUUACAAAACUAACCCUAAUUUUCAAUUUCUCUAACAUGUGACAGAGCUGUGAGCUGUAACCUUAACUGUACUUUUAUUUUUUACUUUGUUUUAGACUUUAUUUCUCUUAUAUUGAAUUAUUGCAGGCUAUGUUGUCUUGCCCCUAACCAGAAACAAUUACCAACUGAUAACGGCUGCUUUACUCAUGUCUGGACAAAAAAAGCAUGUUUAAAACCAGGUUAAUUUAUUGUCUACUGGAGGGGAACUUGCUGUACUGGAUACAAUGAAAAGCAGUCUAUGGAUUUCACAAAUAAUCUAAAUUGAAACUAGAUCAAAAUUUCAAAGAAUAAUUUCCUGUGUGUUAAAGGAAAGGCAGUGAUAACAUUUGAAUACAUGGCUCUUCAAGUACUCUGUAAAUAAAGUGAGUUGAC